AUGAGCCAGGAAGACUCCGUUGCAUUAGGAUCUCUAGAAGCGAAAUAUCCGGGACAUGCUAUGGAUGAGAGAAUAUGCAGAUUAAAUUCAGAGGAUAGGGCUGGAGCUUUUGGGGAGCAGACAGGCAAGACAUUCUAUAUUUUAGAAAAGUGGCAUUGUUUAAGUUCACGAUUCUCAGCUCACAGUCGUAAAUGCUCUUUAAUGUUACUACAAAACAAUAUUAUUAUUCUUACAGAUCCAACGGGAAGCAUCCCACCUAGAAUAACCAGUGGAAGAACAUCAGCUUUAGUACAAGAAGGGGGAAACGCUGAAAUACCAUGUACAGCGCAAGGAUACCCAGUACCGCAAUAUACGUGGUACAGACGAGAAAAUAAUAGACUUAUUCCAAUGCUUUUGGGAGAUAGAAUGCUACAGGUGAAUGGUAGUCUAUUUAUUGAACGAGCCCGUGUACAAGAUACAGGAAAAUAUAUUUGCAUUGUCAAUAACAGUAUUGGUGAAGUACGUGUUGAAACAGAAUUGACUGUUUAUGGAAAUCUGUCAGUAUCUCUUCAUCCAUCGCAGAUUACAACUGAAUCAGGUAGAUCCGCAACAUUAAAUUGCAGUGUUCAAGGAUAUCCCGUCCACUCAAUCACUUGGCUUAAAGAUGCCCGUCACUUAAUUACAAGCAACAGGGUUCGAUUGAUUGCCAAUCAAGUUCUACACAUUACAUCAGUUCAAAGAGAAGAUCAAGGAAUGUAUCAGUGUUUUGUGUAUGGUAGUCAACAAUCGAUUCAGAGUGGAGCGCAACUGAUUUUAUCAGGCAAGUCAGUUUACAUGCAUCAACUUUUAAUGGAAUUCUUUGAAUCAAAGUUUUCUUUUGAGAUACAUUUUAAAUUAUAUAACCUUUAACUUUUUUCAAAACUCAUCUCCUUUUUUUAAAGUUUUAUGGAAGCUAUUGCGUAUUAAGUAAUGUGUUGAAAUUCCUGUAGUACUUACAAGUACAUUUUCGGAAAUUCUUCCAGAAAUGACAGAAGCUAUGUCCAUUUAACUUUAAUAUCAUAUAAGAGAAC